CGAAGGAGAAGAUGGUGUGGUUGUGCGAGAUCAUCUAUGUAUGUCUUGUACAGAGGAUGCUGUCGUACUAUGUACAGAUUGAAAUGCGCAGGUAUCAGGACAUUAAGCCGGAGAGACGUGUGUAUGUAACAUGAGAAGCCCUUUAAACUCCUAAAACCCAGAUAAAAGUAGAAGAGACGCGAGAUACAACGAAUAUGCGAGGUUACCGAUACAAUAAGAAGGGUGCGGGGACAAAGCGAGAGGUUGGACGUAGCAUCGAUAGUAGCGCCGAAACGAACGGUGUUUGUGGGUGGCAUCACCCAAAACGGGGGCACUUUUCUACCUUUGCGAGCGUGCCCCGGGGGAGGAGCAAAGAGUCCUCCAGACUUCGGAUAAUGAUGAUCGCCCAAUCCUGACAGUUCGACUCGCCUAAGCCGCGCUUUCGGUUAUGCGAGUUGACGAGUUCUACUGCCGACUCCCCGUACAUUUCGAGCGCGCCGAGCACGCUGUCGUUGAUCUCGCCCAGGAGCAGCUUCCCGUCGUAGGGCUGAUGCCCAUGUGUACCCGUGAGGUGUACCCGUCUGACGACGGUAGGGAGGAAUUGACCCAUGCCAUUGCCGUCGCCCACAAUCUGGAACGCGGAGGGCCAGGAAUGUAGCAUAGGCACGCUCGUUCAGUUCGUAGGUGACGGCGAGAGCCCAGUGUUUAGGAGAGAGUUUUGUGAUGGCUUGGUACCAGACGAGCCAAAGGUAUGCCAUAGACUGAAGAGAAGGAGCUAGGGAUGAAGUAGAGGACUGGUGAGUGCUCUGGAGGGGACGUACAUUUGGGAGACUUGGAUGCGCGGCUUGCGCGAUACUGCGUGGAGAAGUACGUGACUGGGAGGGGUUCAAGUGAGGGGGUGUGGAAGAGUUAGUGGCAUGCAAGAGUAGAGGGACAUCUAGCAUGUAUACGAGCUGGAGGUCAUCUAAAAGGGGGCGGAUCGUCGACGAGCAAUAGUCCGGAGGGGAUGGCAGCUUGCUGGUCCAGGAACAAGGUCGGGGACCACGCUCAUCCCAAACGGCCCUCCAUGUCAGACGAGUCCGCCGGCGUGCACCUCCUAUGAAGCCGCCGCACGUGACCCCUGUGCCUUGGCAUUUCCAUAAUAGCAGCAGUCCAUCAUUCUCCCCUCGUUCUCCCCGGCGCGGAGUCAUCCCCCGUUGGUCACUGCCAGAUCUGGGCGAGCCUCUCUCGCCCCUUGUCUCGACUGUCCUGUUUGGCAGAGCGUGGUUUGGCGGUGUCCGUGGUGCACACGCCCAUGUCUGUCUCUCCUCAGGACUUUAUCCGCGCCCUCAGAGCCCCCGCAGAUCCUCCUCACCCAGGCGGGCCUGAAAAGGUGCAGAUCGCAUGCGACGUCUGGAAUAGCCCUGCUCUUUACGUGCCAAACAAAGGCGAGGCCAUCGCUGAGUUUCUACUUUCACGUCUCCUCAAGGACAAGGACAAACUCCCUGGCACAAAUCCGCUAUUCGAUGCCCGGUAUUGGAGUCUCCUCCGCGACAUCCUCGUUGGCUCUGAUGUCGCAAAAUCACGCUCGGCCAAGGCAUGGCUCGUGCCCAUCCUCCAGCGCACGCCACUCGUGCCGAUAGCGAAUACCGUCCUCACUUCAUGGAUGUACCACACGGCGGCCGUGCUAGCCCAAGUACUACCUGCCGCGGAGUGCUUAUCGAUUCUAUGGCCGCUAGCUGUCCCAAAAUUCAGCCCAGAAGCUCUUCUGGAAUGUUUUGGAACCGUUAUCCGUCUGCUGGACGAUUACUCGUCCUUCUUCCAGGCACUGGAUCCUAGCGCUCGAACACGCGCUGAACACGUCCUUACGCAGAUUGUUGACUCGUACCGGUAUUCUGCCACCAACGCCUCGAACAAGAAAAAGAAUGGCCUUCCACCGGCGUUCCUGUGCUCUGAUGUCUAUGAGGCCGGCGUGGAGACCAUGUUCAACGUCGACGUCCUCCGACAAGCUCAGGAUAGAGAUGAUUAUCCCUAUGUCGAGUUUCUCUCAAGCGCUAUAACAGCGAGCCCGGUGGCUGCUUGUCAUGGCUUGCCUCGUUUGUUCAAGGCGUUCAUACAAGUUACUAGGAGACACAAGGCAGCAAUCUUCGGUCAGAGCUCUCACCAGGCUCCCGGAGCGUCUGCGGACCAGGCUCGCCAGGCUUCUCUGAAGUUCUUUGCCAUGUGCGACUCGCUGCUGAGCCCUGUCAACGAGGACGAGAUACGCUGGGAAACAAAAACUAAAUUGCUCCGGAUUAUGAAUUCCGAAGGACUCUACGGCGCAAAUAACGAGUCGAUAGACAAAGUUCUUAGCCGCAUCGGCGAGGAGACGAUCGCCGGGCUCGCCAACUUUAUUCUGGUAGAUGGCUUCACUCUUGGACUCCGUCGACGUCUCACGGCGGUGCGAAGGGGGUGCACAGUCCUGUUGGUUUGUCGUCUGAUACAGUGGGGCGCGUACAGGCUCCUGCUAUACAUUCCUGCCGAGUACUUAUCUCGCGGCAUCCGGAGCGACCUGCUUCGCAGGGCGUUGGCCGCAGAUGUCCUCUCGGAUCACGGGGAUGCACAAACGGCAUUGUUUGUGCGUGAGUUCCUGAGACGGCUCUUCAUGUUCAUGGGAAGUGCAGAGCAUUCGCUCGUAGGGCCAUACUUGACAUUCCUGCUGCGGCGUGGCUUGCAGGACACGUCUUCGCAGGCAUUUAUAGCGACGUCAGAGCUGGUCAGGAUGCAUUUGGUUGUAUGCAUCAAGUCAUCGUUGAAGGGUGAACAUUCACUGCCUAAUGACGCGAUGGGACACUUUGAGACGUUCGUAUCCGGCCAACCGAGCUUUGUGUAUCAGGAACUCGCGUGGAAUGGAGUGUUGCACUUCGUUGACACUAUAGUUACCGAAGGAAAACAGGAAGAGUACGGCUCAAGCGUCCUCAGCAGACUGAGACCUCUGCAUCAAAGCAUGUCUUCCUUGCUCUUGCCAUUGGUGAAACAGGCGAGCUUGAAAGGCUUGCAGGUUACUGCGAUAGCAGAACAGACGCUCCUGCUGAACUUAUGGCAUCGUUCAUUGGUCCUCCAGCGAUGGGUUUCCCCCGGGAGCACCCUCCCCGCGUUUGGAAAAGCUCUCACAACGAAGCUCCUCUUCCAGCUACAGACUGCGGACGCGCCAUGGUCGCGGCUGUACCUUGCCACUCUGUCGAUCGUCGCGGAGGAGUGCCGGUCUGCUCCACAGCAAACAGAGUACCUGGAAGUCGUCAUGGCGAGCUAUCUCGCUUUCUACAAGGAAUGCAAUGAACAAGUCCGUCAUGACUUAGACGAGCUGUUAUCCAAGUUCUUCAAGAGUCUCUCUAGUGCUUCAUUUUCAGCUGCACUUGAUCUUGUCUACGACGGUCUAUCGCAACCUGGGCUCAAGCCUGAGGACGUUGCUAAUCUCGUGCACGUUUUGGCGCUCUUACUGCAGAAUGCACCCGAAGGGUCCUCGAAAAUCAUGCAAGCGUCUCUAACACGUUGUUUGCAGCUCUUUGCCGCCAAGCAGGAGUUCGUUCAGAACGGGGUUGUCCAUACUGAAGCCCUUCGCUUCAUUGCGAGGCAGUUCAAUGACCGGCCGGCCUUGGUUCGCCAAUUAGACUUAUCUAGCGUGUGGUCGAUCCUCGGCCAGUCGCUCGAGGGCUCCGUGGAGCACGGCCGAUCUACGAACAAACCCGUUUUCCACGAAGUCAUCUCCAUUGUCAGCGCACUCAUCCGCCUACGCAGGGACUUAGUCAUCUCGACGCUGCCGCACCUGGCCUUCGUGCUCCGCCGCCUACACAUGUCGCUCCGGCACGUGCGGCCGCAACUCGGUGCGAAGCAGAGCAAGAUGGUGACAGAUACGCUGCCACGAUGGGUCAACACGCACGACCCGCUGUCGUCCGAGGAAGCGCGCGCGCUCGCGCGUCUGCUCACGACGAUGACUACGAAGACCGUCGUGCGCGGUCAGCAGCACACGGCGGACGGGGCCAAGGCUGAGUCCCUCGCGCGCCCGUUCGCGAAGCACGCCGCGUACGUUCUGCAGGCGCACAUCGAGGCGCUGAACGACCCGCUCUGCGUCGUCCCCGGGGACGUGCGCAGGGAGCUUGAGCCCGGGCUGUUCGCACUGUGCGACAUGAUGGGCGAGUACAGCCGCGACGCGCUCAUGGUCUCCGCGCUCGACGCGGGCGGGAAGGCCGUCCUCAAGAACAUCUGGCGCGAGUAUGAGAAGCAGAAGUACGUCGGGAAAGGUUGAGGGUGCCGCGUGCAUGUCAUAUAUACGAUAAGUAUGUGCUAUCCAAAAAAUGGGCAUCCUUCUAUAUAGAUGACAUCUAGAUUGUGUGUACAUCGAGACGGGAUCGAGUCCAGUUUUCUCGAGAAGCUUAAGCAAGACGGGAGAAGCAUCUAGGGUUUAGUUCUUGACCUUGACGUAGAUGUUCUGGCGCGUCGAGCCGUUAGUCGUAGGCUCAGAAUACACGAAGCCGGCGGCCUUCUUCUCAUCACCCAGCCGUCGGACGAGGGCAAUCAGGUCGUCCACCGCCGCGUCUGAGGUUUGUAUGUGGACGACAAGGCGCGAGCCACCCAGCUUGAUGGGGUUGGGCAGCUUGUUCGCCUCUGAGACCAGUUCGGCGUACGAUACACCAAUCGUUGAAGGGUCAAAGAAGACCUGCAAAAGAAACAGUGUGGCUUCUGUAUUACACAGCGUGAUUAAUGAGCACUGACCAUGCAUGUCUCGGCGCCGCUGGUGAUUCGUACACCAACGUCCUGCAGGCCGGCCUCCAG